UGAUGCUAAGCAGAGAGAUUAAGAGUGAAAUUUUUUAUAACUACAGGAUCAAAACAAUGAUUAAACUUUUUUCUUUUUCUCCGUUCUGGUGUUGGAAACUUCGGAAUUAGUGGCGCUCCUUUAUCUCCAUCUGAUCUGUUUUUUCUUGUAUCUCAACUUGUUAUCACUUUGUAGUUUUGAAGCUGCAGUUUUGAUAUGUUAUUAAACUGUUCAAUCGAUCAUAGGUUUCCCGGUUCAUUUCGGGUGUCAUGUUGUAAUAUGUAAUUUAUGGAUGACAACAAUCUAUGAAUCUGUUAUAGCUGUCAAAUAAUUACGUAUAUUUUCAAUUCUUGUUAUGUUUCUUCUGUAUCCUAGGGGCACUUGAUUAAGGCCAAAAUAAAUAGAGAAGGAAAAGUAACCGUUCCACCACAUUUUCAUUUAUGUUCAAAUGUUCAGGAAUGUCUAAAGAAGUUAUUGAUGCUACUUCAGCUGCCCCUUUUGACUUUGAGAUCUUGGAUAGUGAUUCUUACAUUGUUAGAUCUGUUAGAGCCUCAUCCAAUCGUGCAAAUCCAUGGAUUGAACCUGAAAGGCUGAAACUUAGACACAGAAUUGGUAGAGGCGUCUUUGGUGAUGUUUGGUUAGCAACUCAUCAUCAGUCAACUGAAGAUUAUGAUGAGUGUCAUGAAGUUGCUGCUAAGAUGUUACAUGCAAUUGGAGAGGACCACAUGAAGACUGUAAUAGAGAAGUUCAAUGAAUUGUAUUUUAAGUGCCAAGGAGUUGCUAGCAUGUCCUGGCUGCAUGGAAUUUCAAUCUUAGAUGGAAGGAUUUGCAUUAUUAUGAAUUUGUACGCGGGUUCAAUUGGUGACAAUAUUGCAGCACUCAAAGAAGGAGGGAUUUCAUUGCAUGAUGCUUUAAGGUAUGGAGUCAAUCUUGCUCAAGCUGUUCUGGAACUUCACUCUCUAGGGAUCCUCAUUCUUAAUCUUAAACCAUUCAAUGUUGUUCUCAAUGAGAACGAUCAAGCAAUUUUGGGAGAUUUUGGAAUUCCUAGUCUUUUGCUUGAGUCCUCAUUCUUAAGCACAUAUAUGGAUAAGAGGCUUGGAACACCAAAUUACAUGGCUCCAGAGCAAUGGGAACCUGAGGUGAGAGGUCCUAUAUCGUUUGAAACGGAUUCUUGGGGAUUUGGUUGUACCAUUGUCGAAAUGUUGACUGGUAAUCAACCUUGGUAUGGAUGUCCUGUUUCCAGAAUAUACCAGUCAGUUGUUGAAAAUCAUGAAAAACCAAAUAUUCCCAGUGGCCUUCCUCCUUCAGUUGAGAAUAUCCUCAGUGGAUGCUUUGAGUAUGAUUUGAGGAAUCGCCCUUUAAUGGUGGAUAUUCUGAGUGUCUUUCAAAGAGCUCUGAAUGAAUUGGCCAAUGAUGGAGAAUGGAGAUAUAUGGGAAAUGUGAAAGUUAAUCCAAAAUCAGAUAGCAGUGGCUACACAAAGUGGUUCCUCUCAAAGGAUCAUCUUCAGGUAGGUGACAUGGUCCGAACCAGAAAGCUUCCCAAUUCAUGCAGACCUCAAAACAUGGACAUCCCAGAAGGAGCUGUUGUUAGUUUAGAGUCUAACACAGAUCACAGGUUCGCUAUUGUGAGGGUCCAUGGCUAUGACGACCCUAUCAGAGUUCAUGCAUCAUCGCUUGAACGUGUCACAUCUGGUUUGGUAGCUGGUGAUUGGGUAUGUUUGAGGGAACAAAACGAGAAGCACUCACAUGUGGGCAUUCUACACGCCAUCAACCGUGAUAGUAGUGUAUCUGUUGGAUUUCUUGGGCUGCACGCUCUGUGGGACGGAAACUCUUCUGAACUAAAAAAGGUGGAACCUUUCUGUGUUGGCCAGUUUGUCAGACUCAAAGACAGCGUUUCAUGUCCUCGAUUUGAGUGGCGUCGCAAAAGGGGUGGCGCCUGGGCUGCCGGCAGGAUCUCAUGGAUUCUUCCGAAUGGAGGUUUGGUUGUGAAAUUCCCAGGGAUGCUUGAUUUUGGCAAUGAAGCAAACACCUACAUGGCGGAUCCCUCUGAGGUUGAAGUGGUUGAGUUCAGGACUUGUCCUGGGAUCAUAGAAAAGUAUGAACAUUUAGAGGAUCAUCACUGGGCAAUUAGACCAGUUCUAGUUGCAUUUGGUCUAUUCACUGCUUUGAAAUUUGGCAUACUUGUUGGGAAGAAAGUGAGGAGGAACAACAAGGUCAAUGCAGUAGAAAUUGAAAGUCACUAUCUUGGUGGUCAAAAUCAGAAUGCCAAUUCUGCUACUACAACUUCUACUACCACCACAAUGAGAUCUUCAAAUGCUGCGAAACAAGGCAAUGCAGCAUGGCUUCCUUUAGUUCCUAAUGUAAUGUUUAAGGAAGCUGGUAACUCAUCCAACAGUAGGUAGUUUUUGUUUAUGUUUUCUUAAUCAAAACAACUACUUAAUAAUAUUAUGAAAUGGUAGGUACUAAGUGUACAUGAGUGUCAUCAGGUCUGACUCAGAAUCUUCACAUUUUGUACAUAUCCUGCAAGGAUUACCUCUGUACAUAGCCUCCAUCAAUGCUAUAUCAAAAUGAACACAUAUUUAUCUUUAUGGUUCCUGAAUUUUAAAGAAUAAUGGUGGGGUAGGAGGGAAAUGUAAUAAGUAAAAUACAUGUAUGUGUAGAUACUUGAACUAUAGAUUGAUAUCAGCUCUGGAGUUUUUUUU